GAAAGAAAAAAGAAAAAGAAAAAAAGGGAUAAAAAGGCUCUGCGAAUUUGGUGCGUCUCCCAUUCGAAAUAUCCCACCUUAUCGCGACCCCAAAUUCUACGCCGCCCGGAAGUAACACCAUCGGGCUUUGAAGAAACAGUGUGAAUGGAGGCUUUGGGUGUUUGAUAUAGUUUUGGCACUCCAUUGAAUUGAAGAGAGGUGUGGUGAGCUUUCUAGGGUUUGGAAUUUCAGUAUUCGGGUGCGAAACUAGGGCAUUCAUGGCUGAUCGAAACCUGGCUGUGGUGAAGCCGAUAUGGAUGAAGCAAGCGGAGGAGGCUAGGGUGAAGAGUGAGGCUGAGAAAGACGCUGCGGCGAAAGCCGCUUUCGAAGCCACAUUCAAGGAUGUGGACAAAAGCAAGGAGAAAGGGGCCGCGGCGGCCGGGUCUGAUAGUGAAUCAGAAGAGGCUGAGAACUUGGCCAACAAGCCGAUCGGCCCGGUGGAUGCUACAAAGUGCACUGCGGCCGGGGCCGGCAUUGCGGGCGGGACUGCCUGUGCACCGUCUUCGUUUACGGUGGCGACUAAGGACUCUGAUGGGAGGAAGGUUCCGAAUGGCGGCGCGCAGAUUAAGGUGAAGAUUAUGCCGGGAUUGGGUGUUGGGGGUUCAGAGCAGGAAGGAAUGGUGAAGGAUAUGGGUGACGGGACGUAUACAGUAACUUAUGUGGUUCCGAAACGAGGGAAUUACAUGGUGACCAUUGAGUGUAAUGGGAGAGCUAUCAUGGGUAGCCCCUUCCCUGUGUUCUUCAGUGCAGGUAGUACUAGUACUGGAGGGCUACUGGGAUUGGCUCCUACGUCCACAUUUCCAAAUUUAGUCAACCAAACAAUGCCUAACAUGCCAAAUUAUUCAGGUUCUGUCUCAGGGGCAUUUCCUGGAUUAUUGGGAAUGAUUCCUGGCAUUGUUCCUGGUGCGUUAGGUGGGGCUAUUUUACCAGGAAUUGGAGCAUCUCUUGGGGAAGUUUGUAGAGAAUACCUUAAUGGUCGGUGUGCCAAAGCCGAUUGUAAGUUGAAUCACCCACCUCACCAGCUGCUAAUGACUGCAUUGGCUGCAACAACCAAUAUGGGAAAUGUUAGUCAAGUGCCAAUGGCACCUUCUGCAGCUGCAAUGGCUGCUGCUCAGGCAAUUGUUGCUGCCCAGGCUCUUCAAGCCCAUGCAGCUCAGCAUGCACAGGCUCAGUCAAACAAAGACUCCUCUGGUUCACCUGACAAAGCUGGGAAGGCUGAUGUUUUAAAGAGAACGCUUCAAGUUAGCAAUCUUAGCCCACUUCUCACUGUGGAGCAGCUGAAACAACUUUUUAGCUUUUGUGGUACAGUUGUUGAAUGUACCAUCACUGAUUCAAAGCAUUUUGCUUAUAUAGAAUACACCAAACCCGAAGAAGCAACUGCUGCUCUGGCAUUGAAUAGUAUGGAUGUUGGAGGCCGUCCUUUGAAUGUUGAGAUGGCAAAAUCACUUCCUCAGAAAUCUGCUAUGAAUUCUCAGAUGGCUUCCUCGUCUUUGCCCAUGGUGAUGCAACAAGCUGUUGCAAUGCAACAGAUGCAGUUCCAGCAGGCUUUGCUUAUGCAGCAAACUAUGACUGCCCAACAGGCAGCUAACCGAGCUGCAACCAUGAAGACAGCAACAGAGUUAGCUGCAGCCAGAGCAGCAGAAAUAAGUAAGAAACUAAAAGCUGAUGGAGUUGAAAUUGAAGAGACUGAAACAAAAGAGAAAACUAGGUCUCCUUCACCUCGUGCAAGGUCAAAAUCGAGAUCGAGAUCACCUAUCAACUAUCGCCGUAGGUGGAAGUCUCCCUCUUACUCUCCUCCACCUCGCUAUGCAAGAGGACGUAGAUCCAGAUCCCCGUUCAGGUCACGCCAUCAUUCAAUCUAUGACAAUGGCCGGCGGUCAUACAGAGAUUUUAGGAAUGGCAGUGACAGAGGUAGAAGGCGGGAUUCAGAUGAUUUUCAGUCAUAUGCCUCAAGGAGAAGGAGUAGGAGUGUUUCUCCUCGAAGAAAAUCACAUCGAGUUGAUUCGUCAUCACCCAAACAUCGACGAGAACGUUCUCCACGUAGAGCGACCCGUGAUGCAUCUAGAUCACCAGGUCAUUAUACGGGGAGUAAGUUAUCUCCAAGAGGCGAUGAAGACAAAUCCAAGCACAGAAAACGUUCUAGGUCCAAUUCUCCAGAGGAUAAACAUCUCUUAAAUGACAAAAAAGAUGAAACCCGCUAUGAAACAUCAAAGCAUCGAGAAAGAAGGCGAUCCAGGUCAGUUUCAGUGGAAGGUAAGCACCAUAGAAAGCGGUCAUCUCCAAGAAGUCUGGAUGAAAACAAAUCCAAACACCGGAGGCGGUCUAGGUCAAAAUCUGUGGAAGUAAAGCCACGUGGCGCGGAUGAAACUAGAGAUCGUAAAUUAAAACACCGUAGUGGAAGGCAGUCCAGGUCAAAAUCUUUGGAAAGCAAGCGUCACUCUGAUGAGAAAACUAGUGAACUGAGAGAUGAAAAAUCAAAACAUCGUGAUAGAAGACGUUCAAGGUCAAAAUCUGUGGAAGGGAGGCGUCACUCGAAGGAGGUUGAUGGAGGUAGGGAUAAAAAAUCCAAGCGUCGUGAUAGAAGGCAAUCGAGGUCAAGGUCCAGGUCAUCAUCUUUGGAACCUAAGCUUGACACAAGAGGGGAGUCAUCCCCAAGAAGACUUGAUGAACACAAAUCGAAGCACAGAAGGCGGUCAAGGUCAAAAUCUGCUGAAGGAAAGCAGCACCUCAAUGAUAGAGCAGAUAAAAGUAGAAAUGAAAAAGCAAAGCGGCAUAGGAGAAGAAGAUCCAGAUCAAUAUCACUAGAACGUGAGCGUCAUAGAGGAAGUAGGUUAUCCCCAAGAAGUUCAGAUGAAAAUGAUUCUAAGCAGAGGAGGCGACGCUCUAGGUCAGAAUCUUCUGAAGGCAAACAUCAAAGGUCUGAAAGAGAUGAGAAUGGUGAUGAUGAACUAAAGCAUUAUGAAGAUGGCAAUGAGGAAUCAGGUUUUCUCACUAAUUAUUCAACCAAGAAACAUAAUGAUCAGAUGGUCAUUUCAAAUAAAGAGGAAUUUGCAUUGAAUGGAUCGCUGGGUAGGCUAGACGGUCGGGGUGUCUAUGAUGUUGACAGUGAAGGAGGCCCUGCGCUACAAACUUGUAGAGAUGAAUUGAGUAGACAUGAAAAUCUUGGAAAAUCUGGUCUGGAAUAUCACAGUGAUCAUGACAAGUCAGCUAACGAGGAUGAUGUUUACAGAGCAGGCUCCAGGAAGGAUUACAACAAGAUGAAGUCUCGAGAUAGAAGCUCUCUGAUGUCUAAGGCGGAUAUGUUUUCUGAUGACCCCAGUGCAGAAGAGGAAAACUUGUGAAUGUAUGAAUGGAGAGCAUGGGGCUCUGGGAUCAAGACUAUCUCUAACUGUAGAUGCGUAUGAGUUUGGCUGUUAUGAUAGAGACUCCAGCAUAAUAUGAGGGACAAUUCGAGAAGCUCGAACAGUCUGGGGAAUUGGCUGCUGCUUCAAAUAAGACGGGCGCUUUUUCUUGGAAGAUUGCUUAGUGUUUCUAUUGUUGUGUGCCUCUUCAUAAGUAUACUCUUUCUUUGUUUAUCUUGUUGCAGGUCCUUGUGUCGGUCUCUGAGCUGAUGUGGAUAUGGUUUAUGUAUUUCAAGAGUGUUCUGCAAUCAUCCGUCCAGUGUUUGUAGUGAGCUUCUUUAACAGAUUGAUGUAUGUUGGAUCAUUUACCUCUCUAUUAGCAUUGAAUUACUCAACUUUGUUUAAUAAAUAUUGCUACAAUUUAUGUUUGAAUAUUUUGCUCUUGUUAAGUUGGUGCACACUUGUUUUUUCAACAAGAUAUUCUUUAUCAAUUCCAAAUCUUUUUUUCUAGAUUGGGACGGUGUCUGAUCUUACACUAGUCAUGACAUUUUCUUUUUCUUUGAGAAGCCUUAUCUGUCCUUGGUGUGUGUUGAUAUGCUUGGUCAGAGGUCCAUUUUUAUCUAUGUUUGAUGGUAUGGUGGGCCUGUUAUGUCUCAAACUCGUGCAGGUUAUUCAUGGUGAUUUUGGUUGGAGCUUUCUGA